CCCCGAAAUUCAUCUUCCUUUCUUCAAUUCUCUCUGAAAUUGAGUCCUCUUCCAUUGAUCUAAUGGACUACGAUUUCAGGAACAGAACGGGUCCACCGUACGAUUCUCAAGCCCCAAUGUACAACAGACAAACAACUAAUUCGUCAUCGAGCCAUCCGAUGUACGGACAACCCUCCCUCUACCCCAAGAUCGGCGGUCAAUCCGGUGGUCACUCCGUCAACCCUAUCGCCGCUCGUACACCUUCUUUUCAUCCAACUUCUUCUCCCUCCUCUUCUUCUGGAACAGGCAUUAGGGUUGCUAUUAAGCAGGAAUAUCGGAUUAAGCCACCGCCUCAAUUGUCCCCACAUAUUGGAGAUAUUCCGAGAAGCUCUUUCCAGUUUGACUUUGAAUUAGAAAGGAAGAUACUAGCUGAAGCAGAGACAGAUAGUCCUAAUUGGAGCAGGCUUGGGCUGGAAAACUUUCCAUCUAAACCUGCAGCAUCAACAUCUACAGCAUCAACAUCUACGUUGGGUUCCACAGCAGAUCCCAUAGUGAGCAAAUACAUAGCAGCAGGUCUCAGCAGAGAGGCCGUCCCUCAUGCAGUUGCAAAUUAUGGAGACAAUCCAACCAAGGUCAGAGAAUUUGUCAAUGCCUACACUAGCUUGCGAGAAAUGGGAUUCCCAUCGAACAGAGUUGCAGAAGCCUUACUUAUGUACGACAAUGACAGAGACAAGGCAGUGGCUCAUUUUCUGAACAAUCUGUCCUAAAAAUGCCUGGAACAGGGUUAUGCAGUCUUAUUGUAAAAGCAUUUCAAGCUACAAAAUCGACAAAUUGCCCUCUUAAUACGUUUAAUUGGUUCUAUAUUCCGAGUCAUUGUUGUCUGAUGUUUGACCAAGUAUUAUAUCACCCCUAAUGGAAUACUAAAUCGCAACGAGCUUAAACCAUAGGGGAGUUUGAUCACAUACAAGUUAAGAUGUAAAGGCCUCUGAUGCCAGAAGCUAGUAAAAACUCGAAUUUUCUGAUGAGACAGCUCAGACUAUUUUUCUUAUUUUUGUACAGAAUUUUUGUAUUUGUUGUUACUACAAAUAAGAAUCAUG